ACUGCAUACAGACGUCCCUGUAGAGCAGCGUUUGUCGAAGCACCAGACGCUGCCUCUGCAACAUUCUAACAAUACUAGAGAUAUCAGAGCAGAAGAAAACCGCCGUGGAACUUUCAAAAGUGAUAGAAGUACCAAACCAGGAUUGUCUCUCGAAGUAUGCCAUAAAGAGCGGAAUUCUUUUGAGGCGAUGGCUUCUUUAGGAUUGGUCGCCAAACUGCGGACUGGAGUUUCCCGGCACAUUUUACCGAUUCACUCCGCUUUAAAAAGAACUAGUACUCCGGUUGGAUUAAGAUUUAAGUUUCAGGCUCAGCCCCGAAAGCUUCCAUGGGGUUGUCACGGAGUAGCCUUCAGUAGCACUUUGGCUCCCUCUACUGACGUGCAUGUAGAGUAUAAGCAUGGGCGGCCAGUGCUGGCCCUCAGGUUGCCGUCCAGGAGGGAGCAGUGUCUGUUUUUUCUGAGGCCGAUGCUCAUGAGUGUCAGAGAUUUAAUACAAGACAUUCAGAGAGAAGAUCCUGGAGUGACAUCUGCUGCUGUACUGUCCACAGAGGGUGAAACAGUGGCAUGCACUACUUCCAUAGACACUCUCCUCAACAAGGAUUUCCAGCUUCGCAUUAAUGAUGUCAUAUAUAACGUCCACUCUGCCCCAAAUGGAGUGGGAGCCAGCGAGCAUGCAGUGAAUUUGGAGGAUAUGAAGAACAUGGUGCAACUGCUCCACUCUGCGCUCCACCUGCCCGGGCACCACCUGCAGAAGGAGAGGGAACUGCUGGAGAGACUGAACAGGCUCCAGCAGGAGCUCACACCUCUAGAACAGAUGAAGAAUGAGAUUGCCUCUCGGGCUGAGUUCAGGUCUUCGCGGGUUCUGUGGUACGGAUUGGCUCUCCUGUCGGUGCAGGGCGGGGCUCUGGCAUGGCUCACCUGGUGGGUGUAUUCCUGGGAUGUCAUGGAACCUGUGACUUACUUCAUCACUUACGCCACCAGCAUAGGAGUGUUUGCGUACUACGUCCUCACCAAGCAGGAUUACGUUUACCCGGAGGCCAAGGACCGGCAGUUUCUUCAUUACUUCUACAAAGGUGCAAAGAGACAUCGUUUCAACGUACAGAGAUACAACAGGCUGAAGGAGGAACUGGCUCUGGUGGAAGAAGAUUUGAGACGCUUACGGAACCCAAAUCAACUGCAGCUCCCUCUGGAGCAGAUCCAGCCCAAGAAUUGAUGGACACACACACACACACACACACACACACACAUACUGGAAAUACUAAGAAACUGCACAUCCUAAUACAUGUGAUCUUCACAUCUUUUGAUAGUGGUGCCUUUUUAUCAGGUCGGAUCAUUACCAGAUACACAAAUUACAGUGAAUUGCUAUAUUAUUAUACGAACCAUUUGAAGGAAUAUGAUAUUGGAAUAAAGCUCUUAUUGGAA